AUGGGUGCUUAUCAUGAUAUCUAUCUUAAGACAGACGUUAUAUUACUUGCCGAUGUUUUUGAGACUUUUAGGGAAACAUGUUUUACAAACUAUAAACUGGAUCCUUCACAUUUUUACACGGCUCCGGUAUUAGCCUGGCAGGCCUGUCUGAAAAAGACAGAUGUUGAGCUAGAUUUGUUGUCCGAUAUGGAUAUGUUACUGUUUGUGGAGAGGGGUAUUAGGGGCGGUCUCUGUCAGGCUGUUCAUAGACACGCGAAGGCCAAUAACCCAUAUAUGGGUGAGAUGUAUAAUACUUCUGAAGAGACUACCUAUCUACAUUACCUAGAUGCUAACAACCUGUAUGGAUGGGCUAUGAUACAGAAGCUGCCGACCGGAGGGUUUGAGUGGGAUGAUGCUAGUAAAUUUAUCGCUAAACUCAUUUCAAAGUUGGCUGCGGAAAAUAGUGAAUAUGGUUACUUACUUGAGGUUGAUGCAAGAUAUCGGGAGCUUCAUGAUACUCAUAACGAUCUUCCUUUCAUGCCUGAGAGGAAGGUGAUUAAUGGCGUCGAAAAGCUGACACCGUGUCUUUCAGACAAGAAGAACUAUGUCAUUCACAUCCGUGCACUUGAUCAAGCGUUGAAGCACGGUCUCAUUCUUGAGAAGGUUCAUAGGGUCUUGAGAUUUGAUCAGAGUGCAUGGUUGAAACCUUAUAUCGAUUUUAAUACUGAUCUGCGUACCAAAUCAACGAAUGACUUCGAAAAGGACUUUUUCAAGCUGAUAAACAAUUCGGUCUUUGGUAAAACUAUGGAGAAUCAACGUAAGCAAAAGGAUAUACGUUUGGCUACCAAGAAGGAACAAUAUGAGAAGCUGGUUAUGAAGCCCAACUUCAAGGGUGCUAUCUGUUUCUCGGAAACACUGAGUGGCAUAGCGAUGUCCAAGAUCAAGAUCAAACUGAACAAGCCAAUCUACCUAGGACCGGCGAUCCUCCAUCUAUCGAAGAUGGUUAUGUAUGAGUUUCACUAUGAUUACAUGAGACCAAGAUAUGAUAUCGCUGAUGAUGUCCCGACGAGAUUUGACACUUCAGGGUACGAUAGGAGUGAUGGUAGACCUCUACCAUUAGGUUUGAAUAAAAAGAUCAUAGGUCUGAUGAAGGAUGAGUUAGGUGGUAAGGUAAUGACGGAGUUUGUCGCUCUUAGAGCGAAGAAUUAUGCUUAUAAACAGCUAGACGGAAAAGAAGACAAGAAGUGCAAAGGAGUCAAGAAAUGUGUGGUGAAGAAGACCAUAGGGUUUGAUGAUUAUAAGAGAUGCUUGUUCGAUGGUGUGAAUAUUUACAUAGAACAGAUUACCUUCCAAUCGAUUAUGCAUGAUAUUCACACGGUAAAAACAAACAAACUCGCUCUAGAUGCAGAUGAUGACAAAAGAAUAAUAGUAGAUGGUAUUACUACAAAUUGCAAAAAGAAAGGCGGUGGGGUGUGCAUGUUUAUUCAUAAUUCUAUUCUAUUCAACCUAAAAUCAGACACGUGCGCUAACAAUAACGAUUGUGAGUCAUUAAGUAUAGAUAUAAUAAACAAAGCAACUAAAAACAUCCACAUGCAUUUACUCUACCGGCCACCUGCAGGAUCAAUGGAAAACUUUGAGAAUCAUGUGAAAAAUAUUCUUACGGAUCACAAAUGGUAA